GAUGAAGAAAAACUGCUGGGAGAGGAGGAUGUGGAGUGGUGUAGCAGAUCUAAAGACCAAGCAACAUAGAAAGAUGUUUAUCUAAGUUGAAAAAGACCUUAGAGAUUACCUUCUUCUAUCUUCCACCCAAACCUAUAACCUUUUUAUAUGUGGAAUAAAAGCUGCUUGUAUUGUUAGAACAUCAAUAUUUGUCUCACAAACCAAAUACAUGCUGAGAAAUGGGGGAAAUCCUCUGAAAAAAUGUUUUUCAACAGGGAAAAAAUAUGAAGAAAGCACAUGUUGCCACUGUUUAUGAACCUGAAGAACUUCUGAAUACCUCUCCCAAAGUAACAAAUUGUUGCAAAUCACUGUGGGUGAAAUACAGUUUUCAGAGGACAUACAUGACCAGACUUGUUUGCUCCCAGGCAGUUUCAGCCAUGCCAAGGAAAACAGAUCACAGUUCACCUUUUCAGCCCAAGGUGAAUAGAAUUUGCCAGAGCCUUCAUCAGGAAGAAAUAAUCCAGGAGUUGACCGUGAAGCUGAGACACAUUGGAGACAGCAUUGAUCAUAGGAUGGCUCAAGAGGCUCUUCAACAGGAAGGCAGAGAUGCACUGGCUCAUUUUAUCUUCAUUUUCUUCGGAGGAGUUCAUGGGCUGCUGCGCUUUCUCUGGAAUAACCACUUGGUGUAAAUGGAAUGUAAAUGUCAAGUUCUGUUUUCCUGCUACCCUCUGAGAAAACAUGAAUCCUAUAGGAACAGACAGGAAAAAGACCCUCUUCCACUUCCCUCUCUUCACCCACCACUGUUGAUUUAUACCUGGUUUGUUGGAAAACUGCAGACUCUGGCCAUUUGUCCAUUCAGAGCAGCCAGCUUUGAGAUGUCUGUGAUUGCCCCAUGGCAGAGCCCAACGGACACUUAGGAACCCAGGAGGCCUUGACACUUGGUGAACACCAGUGCUGUGGAUGGUCCCAGUGUCCCUUAUCAGGAAACCUUGAACAUUUCCUUCUAUCGUGAAACUGAGUUCACAGAAAUGGGCACUUUCUCAUGGCCCUUCCUGGGCGCCAGGCCUGCAGUGAGCUGUUGGCCCUACCCUUGUUGCCCAUGCCCAGAUAUGCAGUGUCCCAUUCACCUUUUACCUUUCUGUCUACCUCAUAUUCCCUCUCUCCCACCUUGUAGAAGUAUUACAAGUACUAAGACAGUUUGCUGUUGUAAGUUCUAUAAAAGCUUUUUGAGUUCUUUGUAGGAAAAGUGUUAUUUAAAAAAACAAUAAUUUAAAACAAGAAAUAAAUAUUGUUAUUUUAUUGAGC